CAAUCUUGAGAUCGAGAAGAGCUGAGGUGAGAAUACGGUGGAGUUCAAUGGCUACGUUUUAUAUCUCAAGGAUUGUUUCACUCCUUCUGGUGUGGAUAAUUCCAGAAAUUAAUGCCGUGGAUAAGGGAAACUUUAAGAAGUGUGAGCAAAGUAGCUUUUGCAAGAAUAAUAGGGAAAUUCAACCAGGAGAGUCUCCAUAUUCAGUAGUCAAAGAUUCUCUAGUGUUUACAGAUUCCUCCCUUGAUGUUAAUAUACUAAAUAAGAAAUCAAAUGUAUUACUCGGUCUAAAGCUUCAAACAUUAGAAAAAAAUACAAUAAGAUUUAGAAUUAAUGAACGGAACCCAAUUAGACCAAGAUAUGAAGUCAAAGAUGUCUUGAUUCAAGAACCAAAGACUAUAAGUAACCAAAAACUCAAACAGGAUGAUGAGAGUGUCCACAUUGGAUUUAAUAACAACAGUGUUGUUUUAACAUUUGAACCUUUCCGCCUGGAUUUUUUGGUUGAUAAUGAAGUGGCAGUAUCUGUUAAUUCAAGAGGGCUGAUGAAUUUUGAGCAUUAUAGAGAAAAACAGAAAAUUCCCGUCAAGGUUGAAGAUGACGAUGGAGAAGGUCACCCACCUGGAGAAAAUGAGGAGGAAAAGUCAGAUGAGCACCCAGAAUCGGAAGAAAAUGCGGAGAAAAAAGAAGAAGAAGAAGAAAGAGUCGAAGAAGAAAACUGGGAAGAAAACUUUAAAGAGCAUCAUGAUUCUCGACCACGAGGUCCCUGUUCUGUUGGUUUGGACAUUUCAUUCCCUGGUGUUGAACAUGUGUAUGGAAUCCCAGAACAUGCAGACACCCUAGCUCUCAAGACAACAGUUGGUUCAGAGCCAUACCGUUUGUACAACUUGGAUGUGUUUGAGUAUGAGCUGGACUCUAGGAUGGCUCUUUAUGGCAGUAUUCCUGUCAUGAUUGCUCAUAGUGUUGCACGCACAGUUGGUGUGUUCUGGAUGAAUGCAGCUGAAACGUGGGUGGACAUCAGUUCAUCCAGUGCCAGAAAGUCCAUGUUAAACUCACUGAUGUCCUUUUUCAAGGGAAGUGAGGAGGUCCCUCAGGUGGACACCCACUGGAUUUCAGAGAGUGGCAUCAUUGAUGUGUUUGUCAUGUUGGGUCCAAAACCUCAUGACCUGUUCCAAGAGUAUGCUGCAUUCACUGGCACAACUGCCCUGCCACCACUUUUUGGAAUUGCUUAUCAUCAAAGUCGAUGGAAUUACAAUGACGAAGAUGACGUCAAAAACGUUGAUAAGGGUUUUGAUGAUCAUGAUAUUCCCUAUGAUGUUCUGUGGCUGGACAUUGAACAUACUGAUGGAAAGAAGUAUAUGACUUGGGACAAGAAUAAAUUCCCAACGCCUGACCAGAUGCAGAAAAACUUGGCGUCAAAAGGUCGAAAGAUGGUUACUAUCAUUGAUCCCCACAUCAAACGCGAGGGUGGAUAUCACAUUCAUGAGGAAGCGACAAGACUGGGUUAUUAUGUGAAGAACAAAGAUGGCGGAGAAUACGAGAACUGGUGUUGGCCAGGAACUUCAUCGUGGAUCGAUUUCCUCAGUCCGGAAAUUCGCAAGUGGUGGGGCAGUAAAUUUGCUCUGAGCGAGUAUCAGGGCUCCACAGAAACUCUCUUUACCUGGAAUGACAUGAAUGAGCCCUCGGUUUUCCAUGGACCGGAAAUAACCAUGCAUAAAGACGCGCUUCACUUCGGAGACUGGGAACACCGCGAUGUGCACAACAUCUACGGCUUCUAUCAGCACAUGGCAACAGUGCAAGGACAGAUAGACCGUUCAGGGGGAAGGGAAAGACCGUUUGUCCUGUCGCGAGCUUUUUUUGCAGGAACCCAAAGAAACGGUCCCAUUUGGACGGGAGACAACACGGCUGACUGGGGCCACCUAAAGGCAUCUCUUCCCAUGAUCCUCACCCUGAACUUGGUUGGGCUGCCGUUUUCCGGAGCUGAUGUCGGUGGCUUCUUUAAAAAUCCUGACCCAGAGCUGUUACUCAGAUGGUAUCAGGCGGCUGCCUUCCUGCCAUUCUUCCGCGCACACGCUCACUUGGACACCAAACGCCGGGAGCCUUGGCUUUACGAUGAGCAGUAUAAGAAUCUGAUCAGAGACGCCAUCCGUGUGAGGUACUCACUGCUGCCGUAUUGGUACACCUUGUUCUACCACGCCUCUGAGACCGGCACGCCCAUAGUCAGGCCUCUGUGGGUGGAGUAUCCAGAGGAGAAGAACACUUUUGCCAUGGAAGAUGAAUUUUUGCUCGGAAAAGAUCUUCUCGUUAAACCAGUCACGACCCAAGGACAGAACUCGAUAGAUGUUUACCUUCCAGGAAAAGGAGAGUACUGGUACGACUUGCAUGAUUUCAAGAUUUACCGAGGGGAGAGUACGAUCUACGUGUCUACACCACUCGAGAAGAUCCCAGUGUUCCAGCGUGGAGGAAGCAUCAUCGCGACCAAGCAACGAAUUCGCCGAUGCAGUGCACUCAUGCACAAGGAUCCAUAUACGUUAACCAUGGCCUUAAAUCCCAGUGCUGAAGCAGAGGGAGAUCUUUACGUGGACGAUGGACACACCUUUGACUACAAGAAUGGCGCCUACAUUUACAUGAAGUUUUCAUUCCGUGGCGGACGAAUGGUGGCGAAGAAUGCAUCCAAACCCAUUCCUCUUCAGCCUCAGACUGAAGAAUCAGGGAUUUUAUCGUCAAUGUGGAACUUCCUGCGGGAGACGCCGAACACUCAGUACACUACCGCUGCUUGGAUAGAACGCAUUGUCAUUCUUGGAAUAAGUAACGCUCCUAAAGGAAUCCUCCUUACUGCUGAUGGUGGAGAGAACAGACACCUCCAGUUCACACAUGAUCCCUCAACUCACACGAUGACGAUCAAGAAGCCUGGGGUUAAUAUAGCUAAAGAGUGGACAAUAACUAUGCACGCUUAAAUUAGAUUUUCAGUAAAUUAUCAACUUUUUUUACACUUUUUGGGGAAAUUGUUUUCACAAUGGUGAACAAGACGAAUUCCUCUCGUCUUUAAUUAGGCACAGCGACACUGCCACUGGGAGAGAGAACUUUUGUAACAACUUACUGUAAGGAAGGAAUUAAAGUGAUUUGUACAAACAAA